AUGGACAGGUGGGGUUUUUGGAAUACUAGGGGUCUUAGCAACUCAGAUAGGCUAUGUGAUGUCCUGAAUUUUAUCAAGCAGCAGGAUAUUGGGCUGUUUGGACUCCUAGAAACCAAGGUGAAGGCCAAGAACUUUGGUAAGGUCUUCUCCAACUUUGGUGGUGAAUGGUCUGUUUGUGCUAAUUACUCUAAGUGUGUAGGAGGUAGAAUUUGGGUCAUCUGGAGACCUGGUGUGUUCCAGGUUACCAUUGUCAGGAUUGAUAGUCAGUGUAUUCAUGCUCAGGUAUUCCAUAGAGCUUCUGGUUUGAAUUUCAGUUUGACUGUGGUGUAUGGUUUUAAUGAACCUGCUAGAAGAGAGGAACUCUGGCAGCAUUUGGGUGAAAUAAGUAGUUAUAUUGUGGGUCCUUGGAUGGUGUUUGGGGAUUUUAAUAAUGCCUUAAACAUUGGUGAUAGGGUUGGAUCUCCUGUGACUUUGACUAAGGUUGAUGCUUUUAGGCUUUGCUUAAGGAAUUGUGGUUUAACAGAUUUCAAGACUAGUGGCCUGUUCUAUACAUGGAACAACAAGAAAGAUGGGGAGAGUAGGGUGUUUUCUAAGAUUGAUAGGGUGUUAGUAAAUGACUGUUGGAUGCAGACUGUUAAGCCUAUUAAUGCUGUCUUCUUGCCUGAAGGUCUUAUGGACCAUUGUCCUUGUGUGGAUGUGGUGGCCAGGGCUUGGGAUUGCCAAGUUUCUGGCACUGCUAUGUUUUGCCUGGUUCAGAAACUUAAAGCUUGCAAAGCUGCUUUGAAGGAUUUCAAUAAGUGCCAUGUUUCUAACAUUUUAGCUAUUGAAGAGAAAUUGGCUGCUGAGCUUAAAGACAAGCAAGAACGGCUUAAUAGAGAUCCUGGAAAUGCUCAGUUGAUUGCUAUGGAAAUUGAAGCUAGGAAACAGUAUGGUGAAGCCUAUAAGAGGAAAAUCAGUUUCCUCAAACAGAAAUCUAAGCUCCAUUGGCUCAAUUAUGGUGAUAUCAACUCAGCUCAUUUUCAUGCUAGUAUAAAGAGAAGAAGAUUGCAGAAUAGGAUAUGCAAUAUCCAAAAUGAAAAUGGAAUGGUGGUUCUUGGUCAUGAAGAGAUUGCUGAGUCUUUUUUGGAGUUUUAUAAAGGUUUGCUUGACACUGCUAUUCCUGUUCAGAGUUCCAUUCAUCAAUCUGUUAUUGAUGAGGGGCUUGUGAUCUCUGUUGAUAAAAGUAGGGGGCUGUGUAGACCUUUUUUAGAGGCAGAUGUGAAGAAAGCUUUGUGGGACAUUGAUGAUAACAAGGCCCCUAGUCCAGAUGGCUUUCAAGUCAUUUCUUUAAGAAAACCUGGGAUAUUGUGA